GUGUUGGUGUUCACACAUCCUCCAACAUAAUAACACUUGAAGAUUGGAAACCUUAGUAUAAAGUAUUUAAUUUACAGCAAGAACGAAUUGAAAAUGAGAAUCGUAGCCAUUGCCUUCUUUUGUCUUGUGUUGUUUCUUGGAAGCAGUUGUGCCGAGGAGUGCAGUGAAUCCGAUGUUUCACCUAUCUGUCCAAUGAACAUCGAAUAUGUUUGCGGAUCUGAUCGAAUAACUUAUGCUAACAAAUGCCAUCUGUGUUCCCAGAACAUUGGUCGAUCCAGAAGUAAGUGGAUUCAAGUGGCUUCAGGAGGACACUGUUAACAAGGCUUAUGGUCCAACACUGACAGAUCACACACUUAAUUCAUAUGAGUUAAUAAAAGAGAAUUAAAAAUUA